GGAAAGCUGCCGAAAUUUUUGUUUGACAAGGAGUAGACGUUUCCACGGCAACAGAUUAACCACGUGACCCACUGUCCGGUGUUGAGACGAUCGGGAAGAUAUCUAGUCCUGAGAUAACUUUGUCUCUGGUUUGUGUACGAGAGGCGGCUGAUCUCAGGAGGCGUGUCCAAUUUUGUAUUGUAUGAUAUGGCGUCUGCCAUGGAGUGUGAAGAUAUGGCGAACUGUGCCCGAGAACAGGAUGCUCGAUACUCCACCCUAUCCAAUUUUGAAGUGGAGAAGAAAAUUGGGAAAGGCCAGUUCUCAGAGGUGUACAGGGCCAAGUGUAGCGGAGAUAGGAGCGCUGUGGCACUGAAGAAAGUUCAGAUAUUUGAAAUGAUGGAUGCCAAAGCACGUCAAGACUGUAUAAAGGAAAUUGAUCUUCUUAAGCAAUUAAACCACCCCAAUGUGAUAAAGUAUUUGGCAUCAUUUAUAGAAGAAAAUGAGCUGAACAUAGUGCUGGAGCUGGCCGAUGCUGGGGACCUGUCACGAAUGAUAAAGCACUUUAAAAAACAGAGCCGUUUGAUUCCAGAGAAGACCAUUUGGAAAUACUUCAACCAGAUCUGUAGUGCUUUGCAGCACAUGCACUCACGGAGGAUCAUGCAUAGAGAUAUCAAGCCCCAGAAUGUAUUCAUCACAGCUCAAGGUGUGGUCAAGCUAGGGGACCUGGGCCUGGGGCGAUUCUUCAGCUCAAAGACCACUGCAGCACAUUCCUUAGUGGGCACACCAUAUUACAUGUCACCAGAGAGAAUCCAUGAAAAUGGCUACAACUUCAAGUCUGACAUUUGGUCAUUAGGGUGUCUGCUCUAUGAGAUGGCCGCCCUCCAGUCACCAUUUUAUGGAGACACCAUGAACCUGUACUCUUUGUGUAAGAAGAUAGAGCAGUGUUAUCCGCCCCUGCCUGCAGACUGUUACUCCGAGGAGUUGCGCAAUCUAGUGAAGAAAUGUAUCAACCCAGAUCCUGAGCAGAGGCCGGACAUCGAGUAUGUGUACAACAAGGCGAGGGAGAUGCAUGCUCUGAGCUCGCAAGCACAGCCGCAGCUGCAGAUUCAGCAAGUACAGAUGCAGCUGCCCAACCCACACAUGCAGCAGCCAUUUUUGCAACAACAACAAGUUCCCCAGAGCUGAGGAGAAUGUUUCGUCCAAAAAGAGAAAACAGAAGUGAUGUUGUUAUAUAUCAGCUAGACCUGGUAUGGCAUGUGGAGGGGUAUAUGAUUGUUGGGGGGCUACAGGGGAGAUAACUGUGUCUGAACUUUGGAAAUCUGUGAAAAGGCGGUUGGGGGCAAUAUUAUAAAAUAUCUUUUUGGGUGUAAUUUUUCUGUUUUCAUUCAUUCAGAUCUUGAAAUUAACAUCAGUCUGAGACCAGGUGAAUUUUUAUCAAGAACAGGUCCUACUGGACUGUGAUUUAUCAACAUUUCAUUCAGUUACCUCUUACAUGUACCUUACCAGUGUAUAUUUUUGAACAAUCUUCUGAAAAUAUGGCUUUUACUAUACUCUCUAGACAAAGUCAUUUAGGUGGAAAAUAAAUCACAGUGCAGUUUGAUCAUGUUAAAUCAUUUAAAGUGACAUGGUCACCUAAAAUUUGGAUUUUCAAACAAAUUUUGAGUUCAACGUCUUAACCAAAUUUUAAAGUUCAUUCAUAAACUAAUUAAAUCACAUUGAGACAAAAAAUAUUCAUUGAGUAUGUAGCUUGUGCAAGCCUGGAGAAGUCCUCUGCCGUUAUUCGAAUUCAAAACAAAGAGGGCGGGCCAUUUUGCUUCAUUAAUAUUCAACCGUAAGGGCCGGAAGCAUGUGCACAGCGUUUGGAAAGUUCCCUAUGAUACCGAGUUUUGAUCAGCUGACGAACUCAGAUAAUUUCGAAUAUUGAUACACAGGUACAUGCAGAGUACAGCAGCUUAAACAGCAUUGAGAAAAGGUUACGAAUAAUCUUCUCAUUAAACUAAGAGUCAGAAACAUGUUUCGGCUUGAAGUUUAACACCCCCUGCCCACAAUAACAACAAAAUUUGCAUCCACCUAUCAGGCAGUAGUUUUACGACAUCUUUGUGCUUCACGAGACCCUUUUCUUUCUUCAGUGUACUCCACCGUUCAAACUGACCACCAAUUACAACUCUAGACUUGCUUGUCAACCUGUAGAGCUCUUUUUUUUUUAUGCCUAUUUUUGGCCAAUCCUACCAUGUGCGAGCCGUAAGUCCUUCUUCUAAGCGUGUAUUCAGCUAUGAAGUUGACCGAGCGCCGUGUGCAUGCUCCAUUUCCACUGAAUUGACCACACCUCAUUUAAAUAUUCUGGUAGAAUUUUGACUCUUCAGAUUUUUUGUUAUUUUUAAACAUUCACUGAAUGCCCAAUGCGGGGGGUGGGAUUAACAAAAAGCUUGUGACUUUUGCUUCUUGAGAAAAAAUCCCCCAUACUCAUGUCAUUCUGUCAUAACUCCAAAAUACCAAAUAUUUGGUCGAUCAUGUCACUUUAAUGAUGACGAGCUAAUAUUUAGACGAACCAGUAGAUCUCAAACGACACUGGUCCUGUAGGUCAUUAGCAGACAUUUUGUUGUAAAUUUCAACACAGGUACAUUUCGUACAUGUACCUGUGACAAGAUUUACAGCUUUUUUUUUUAAUCUACCUUGGCCCUCUGUGUCACCUUAACCGUUCAGAAGCCAUACCACUUCUAGGACUGGGUAUACCUGCAUUAUUUUCUGUGUUACCUAGUUGAUGUUUAACUAAACGGUUGCAGUGCUGAUCUUGCAUGUUACAUAUUACGUUCUGUGGAAAAUGUCAUGAUGUACAUGUUGGCUGCCUUGUAAUAAGGUUCAAGCUGUGCAAACAUUCCAUUCUGUGACACAACCAUGUAGAGGUGCUCUAGUUUGUGCAUCUUUUGUCGAGCCAUGAAUGCGACCAUUCUGCAUGGGUGUGACUCAUUCUGCAUCAAGUUGACCGUCUUUUUAAGAUUUUUCACAUAUUUUUUUUAGUGUCGGGGAAAUUUCCAGCCUUAACCCUGCACAAAUCUUGUUUUUGAAGUGUGAAUUACAGGGCUAAAAAGAACAAAAAAAAGAUCUUUCUUGCGUAAAUAUGGUAUAAAAAGAAAUCUGUGUCAAUAAUGAAAUGUCAUGGAAUAAGAUCUGGUGUUAAAAUUAAAAGGGUUUUUCCCUUCAGUGUACACAUCGUGUUGCGUGGGAUUUGAAAUGCAUGUAUUAUUGCCUGUGAAGUAUUAGCAGUCAACAUUGAAGGGAAAGGAAAGACGCAAAUCUUGGUCUAGGUAAGAAAGGUGAAAGGUGUGUAUUUUGGUAGAAAAAUUGAUGACUUUUGUCGUGAUAUACAUUGUUCCUGUACAACAUUUGUUAGACAUAUGUAGAGAGAAGUCUGCCAAUUUUUACUGGAGUGUUGUCCAUGUUCUUUGGAUACUAUGUGGAGAGGACAUGCUUGCUGAAAGCUUUGGAAAGCCAAAACUCAUGUCAAUUUUUUUAUUCUGCUUAUCUCAACUGACAAACGUGUGUUAAAUGUAAUACAAUGCUUUUAUUUCUAAAAAAUGCUUAUAGCUGAUGACUCAUGUGAUACAUGUAUCUUACUGAUGUAUGAUUGAAAAAUUACUACUGCAUUUCUUCAGCCUCUUCACAUGUGCCCAAAGUGUUCGUUCAAGCUUAUUCUGUAGACUGUUAAAAUUACACCGUUUUGAAGCCCUGAAAUUGGCCAAUCCAACCAAUGUAGUUUUGUCUCCAAAAUCAAAUUAAAAAUGUGCAUAAAUUGCACUGAAAGUUGCUCUUUCAUACGUGAAAAGGUUGAGGAAUAAGGGUGAGUAUGAUUUGAGUGUGUUCUGCAGAAAUCCAUUUUGAUUUAUCCAAAUUUGACUGUUACAGAUGUGAUAUAAAUGUUAAUUUAUGUAAUAUAUAAUCUCAUCAGGUUGAUUUUUCCCAGCUUGUGGUUUAUUAUUAGUAUUAUUAUUAUAACCCAAAAAAAGCCCCAUUAUUGACAUCUGUACACAGGUGAGCUGGUUGUGGGCGAAAUUCACAGUGUGUACAGUUUUUGUUAAUAGUAGGGAUUUUUCAAUGUUUAUUAGGAGUUGUACUGGUAAAAUGAUAAUCGGCAACCAAAUUCUUAGAUCUGGAGAAAACUUGAAAUGCCUUGAAAGUAUAUUUCAAGCAACAAACUUAAGUUUUAAGAUUCCCUCGAACAAGAAUGAUAAAUGCUCAGCAAUUGCCUGUCAGGAUUUGCUGUACAACAGGAAGUGGACUUUUUCAUGACAAAUUUUGAGUUAAAACAGCUAAUCUGGGACCAGAGAUAUUUUGAACAAACUGUAAAUACUACACAUAGAACUCUGUUAUUGAAAUUAUACAACUAAGAGUGUUACUCCAGUGGGGCCAAAAUUUUGUACCAUUAUUGAUACCAUUGUAAAGCCCUGGUUAAGUAUUUCCAUGAUUUUAGGGAGUUGUUGGUGGCAAUGACAUUCACCCUGACUUUUUGGCUUAAAGCUACGCCAGUCACAAUUUUGAUUUUACGACCAGAAUAAAUUUUUUUUCAAUGUCAGAGGAUCAUAUUUAUAUGAUCAGAAAGCCUUGAAAAUUGUAAAUAAAAAAUCCAUUGAAGUGGGAAGAGAAUAAAAAAUUUACCAGUAAAAAAAAAAACACAAAUAAAAAAUAAAAAAGUACUCUUAUUAGUCAGUAGUCCUAGAUGUCUUUCACCAUGUUCUGACUGCAACUUGUGUUUUAAGAUUCUUAGAUUCGAGCUGGGCUGUUUCUACAUAAAUUUAAUAAUGAUUUUCGUUGUCAUAUAAGUGUAAAACUGUGUGUCAGUUGUAGGUUUGAAAGUCUCUGUGCAAAGUUUGAAAACAACUGACAGUCAAUCUGGUAAAGAUUCACAGUGGGAAAACCAUACAUGGAGUUGUAGAUAGGAAAUAUGUGUACAUAGUUUGUUGAAAUGAGUCAAUCUGGUAAAGAUUCGCAAUGGGGAAACUAUUUGUGGAAGCAAAUAUCUGUAUGAAGUUUUAUAAGAAUGUUGUUGAUCCAUGUUACUGUUUACUGUUAUAGCUAUCAAGAUUUACUUCAUAUAUGGAAAACUCUCUUAUCUUCCAACUGGCAUAUGAUUAUGUCAAAACACUGUAGAAUAAAGAUUUUUGGCAAAAAAAAAAUCAAUAUGGAAAUCAAAUCAAAUAUUCUCUUCUUACCAAGAAUAGCUCAAACUUUUGCCUUUCAAUAAUCUGUACUAUGUAUACUGAUUUUUAAGUUUGAAGAAGUUGUAAAGUGUCUCGUAUUAUAACUUUUACCAACUUUUUCAUCAAUUUUGAACCCUAACUUGUGAACAGACAAGGCUUAUAUUUUGUGAAAGGUAAUAGUUUGAGCUAUUCAGAAGUAAAGGCAAAAAUUCAAAUGGAUUUGCUCAAUGAAUUUUGUUGCCAAAAAUCUCUGGCAUAACCUCCUUAAAUCUGCAGAUAUUCCUGUUAACUGUAGGGUUGUAUGUUGGUGAAUUAGCAGUUACUGGCCCUUCAUUUUCCUUCCAAUAGUCAACUGUCGAUGUGAACUCAGGUUUAAACGGAUUAAUUGUUCUUUGUUGUUGUUGUUAUCUGUUGUUGACAACAAUUAUUUAAAUCCAGAAGUGCUUGUUCAAGCCUUAUCUGAGUAUACUGUAGCAUUAAGGGUUUCAAAAUUCACAGGUGCUGUGUACCGUUCUCAAAGUGCACUGUAGACUUAUAAAUAGCUUCCCCUGUUUCCAUGGUUACAUGUAUCAUGGCGGCAGACAUGACAGAGAGCUUUUGCCACUAUGACUGAAUGCUGUUAUCUCAUCCAAAUGACAAAUCCAAAUAAUGGAUUAUUCACUCAGACUAAAAAAACUACCGCUGAUAAAUGUACAUGUUAAUGUAGAUAAAAGUUUGGAUGCAGGAAUAGACACUGUAAACCUCAGAGGGAAAGGUUGUCUGUCGGAUAAUUCUGGAUGCGUUUGUUUGUUGAUCGUUAAUAUGGAUAGAUUACAUGUUGUGUUACCACACUUCAGACGUAGUGUCACUAUAGAAGCCAAAAAGUUCUACACCAGUUUUUAAUCAAGGUGAACUUUAUCUGUUUACCAACAAAUGUGAUUGAAAUGAUGAAAUUUGGGCUACCUAAGUGGACAGUUUAUGAGUUCUGUUGUAUUUUAAUAGUUGCCAUGUGCAAAUGUUGGGACCCCUUUGAUAUUUAAAUCAUGAUUAACACCCCAAACCUCACCCCCCGAACACCCUGUUCAGCAUAUACUUUUCUCUAUUCCGUCCAGCCUUCUCAAUUGUAUUUGUGCCUUUUUAAGCUUACACUGACUCAGUACAUUUGACUUGCAUGCUGCUGUUUUGGGGUAGGGUGUACAGUAGACAGUUGGAGCUACUUUUCCAAUACACACUUUUUUGAGAUAUGUAGUUAUGACAAUAGAGUGAUCAGGUUUAUAGACUGGCAUUAUAUUUUUGGGUGCUGGUCGCAGGACAUAUUUAAAUUUUUACUUUCACAUCAUCUCUGAACAGAGGUGGGCGUUGAAGGUAUUUCGAGGAGUUACAUCAAGAAUGGAGAUGCUUUGUAUAUAUUUACGUUUCUGAACUGAUAAAUGUGUCAGUUUUUUUUAUUUUAAUGUCUUUGUUAAAUAGUGUGCUGUGUAAGAUUAUCAAUGGCUGAUUUAGAUGACUUUUUUUUCUGUAAAUGUCAAAUAUAUUUGAGAAUUUUUUACACAUUUCUCAUUCUUGUCCGUCCACUUGUGAUAACUGUGUGUCUAGUCUUUGAUAAUGUACCAUACAUAUAUAUCAUAUGCUCAGUUGAUGACAAGGGAGGUAAUAACUUGUGUACUACCUGAAGUGCUAUACCAGCUCUGGGACAAGUGUCGUAAAACUUUGUAAAUCUAAUUGUAAUGUUUUGAGCUAAUGGUCUAAGGGGGACAUUGCCCACUUUCACAAAACUUUGUAAUUCAGCCUAACGUCACUUCCAUCAUAAAUCGUGGCGCUAUAGAUGUCAAAAUACAAAAAAAAAAAAUUACAAGAACAGUUUUAUGACAGUUUUUAAAAUUGGUCCCUGAGGUUAUACAAGAGAACUAGUGCACUAGUUAAAAUAAGCAAAAGUUAUGUUGAUGUCA